GACCUUGGCUAGAAGCUCUAAAUCAGCGAAGGGUUUGGAAGUGGACAAAUUCAACGUCCAACGUUUUCAAAGCAGUGAUCGAUUCAAAAUCGAUGAGUAACCGAACAGCGACUUCAAUUCCUCAAAUCAAAUGCACUAAAGUUCGGCCAUACACUCCGCCUCUGACCAAGUAAGCAACGGUCUCUUCUACGCUACUCUCUCAAAUCAACGGGAAGAUCCUCUGGUCUAUAAAUUAAGGACAGAAUUGCAGCAGAAAGGGGGGAAAUCACAUGGGGGAAUUGUACCGAAAUAACAGAGCAGCGGCUCUUGCCGCUGCUAUUGACGCAACCCACCGGCGGAGAUGCAGACGGCGGCCAACGACGGCUCGCUGGCGUUCUACGAUGGCAGGUUGCGGGCAGCGGUAGGGACCUACUCCAGCUCCAAUUUUCUUGAAGUUCUUCAUCUUCUUCAUAUUGGAAAUGAAGGGCAGAAAGUUCUCACCUAUUCUAGAGAACAUGUUUUUGUCUGAGAAUGAAUUACAGCAGUCAACAGAAUGGAAAGUGGUUCCUGAUAUUUGGAAGACGGCAUCAGAAAAGUUUGGCAAUCAAGUAGCACUAGUAGACCAUUACCAUAAUCCCGCAACAAGUCUAAGCUAUAAGCAGCUUGAGGUGGAAAUUUUAAGCUUUGCUGAAGGCCUUAGAGAUAUUGGCUUAAAACCAGAUGAAAAGAUUGCCCUGUUUGCUGAAAACUCAUGUCGAUGGCUAGUUGCGGAUCAAGGGAUUUUGACCACUGGAGCAAUCAAUGUUGUGAGGGGUUCAAGGUCUUCAAGUGACGAGCUUUUGAAAAUAUACACUCAUUCAGAUAGUGUCGCACUUGUUGUUGACAAUCCUGAAAUGUACAACCGAAUUGCAAAAACGUUCCACUCUCCCGCAGAUGUGAGAUUUGUUGUCUUACUUUGGGGUGAAAAAUCAAGUAUCACAAGUGAAGUAGUAGAUGGAUUGCCCAUAUAUAGUUAUAUGGAGAUCAUAGAUUUGGGGAAUGAUAGUCGUAUGGCAUUUCUUCACUCCCAUGAAGCGAGGGAUCAAUAUCUAUAUGAACCUAUCAAAUCUGAUGAUGUAGCUACCCUUGUUUAUACUAGUGGGACUACAGGAAAUCCAAAAAGUGUUAUGCUUACUCAUAAGAAUCUGCUUCACCAGAUUUUGAAUCUGAGGGAUCUUGUACCUUUUGUACCUGAGGAUAUAUUCCUGACCAUGCUUCCCCCUUGGCAUGCAUAUGAACGAGCUGCUGAAUAUUUUGCUCUCGCUUUCGGUUGCAAGCUAGUAUAUACUACGGUAAAAAACAUGAAGGAGGAUUUAAAGCGUUACAAGCCACAUUAUCUAGUAUCAGUUCCCUUGGUAUAUGAGUCUUUAUACAGUGGAGUUUUGAAGCAAAUAGAUAGAAGUGGAACUGCUCACAAGCUUAUUGCCUUAUCAUUUUUAAAGAUCAGUCUAGCAUACAAGGAAGCUAGAAGGAUAUAUGAGGGUGAAUGCUUAACAAAAAAUCGGGAACAACCUUCUUACAUUGUUUCACUUUUGGACUGGUUAUGGGCAAGAAUCUUUGCUUUACUAUUGUCACCAUUGCAUCUGUUGGCACGAAAAUUUGUUUACACUAAGAUUCACACAAGUAUUGGAAUUUCGAAGGCUGGAUUAAGUGGAGGUGGUAGUCUUUCACCACAUAUUGACAAGUUCUUUGAGGCAAUUGACCUUAGAAUACAAAAUGGAUAUGGUUUAACAGAAACAUCCCCUGUUGUUGCUUCUCGGAAUCCAAAAUGCACUGUCCUUGGGUCAGUUGGGCUUCCAAUUCGGUACACAGAAAUAAAAGUAGUAGAUGUGGAAACCGAUGAGGUUCUCCCUCAUGGUUCAAAAGGCAUUGUCAAAGUCAAAGGACCUCAGGUGAUGAAGGGCUACUACAAGAAUCCAAUAGCUACACAACAAGCUAUUGAUGAGAAUGGAUGGUUAAAUACUGGCGAUCUUGGUUGGAUUGUUCCUCAGCAUUCCGUAGGGCGGUCCCGCAAUGCUUCAGGUGUUAUUGUCCUCGAAGGUCGUGCCAAGGACACUAUAGUCCUUUCAUCAGGUGAAAAUGUCGAACCAUCCGAGAUCGAAGAAGCUGCCAUGCAUAGCAAUCUAAUUCAACAGAUUGUUGUUAUUGGCCAGGAUAAACGCCGCCUUGGAGCUAUUGUUGUACCACAAAAGGAGGAGGUCCUUUUGGCAGCAAAAAGAUUGUCUUUUGUUGAUUCUCGUGCCACUGAAGUUAGCAAAGAGACAACAACUAGUAUACUACAUAAAGAACUAGGGAAAUGGACAACGGGUUGCGCAUUUCAAAUCGGGCCAAUCCUCAUCGUUGAUGAGCCUUUUACGAUUGAUAAUGGCUUGUUGACUCCAACAAUGAAAGUUAAGAGGGACAAAGUAGCAGAUCUAUACAGAGAGCAAAUAGACAAUCUAUAUAAUUGAGAUCUUUCAAAAAACGAAAAAUGACUAUGAUGGUAAUUAAGGAAUCCAAUAUAAUGUUAUUGAUGCUCUUAUAACAUGAACAUCAGUUAUAAAUGUAACAGAUUGUAAAGGUAAACUGAAUAAUUGGAGUCUGUUUUU